AUGCUGAAGCCACGAUGGUGUGGUCUACUGCUUCUCACUGCUUUAGUGGAUCGUGGCCUUACGAAUCCGAUCGCGGCGGGAUAUGCGCUCGGAAAUUUGAGCUCGUAUUCUAGUCAAUUGGUAGGGAGAGAUACUGGUGAUGAUUUUGAUCCAUCCGACCUUUCGUUCAUUACGAGAAUGGCUGCUAUUGGUGACUCCUAUUCUGCUGGAAUUGGGGCUGGUGCUCGCCUUCAGGGAGACGGCGAUUCGGCAUGUAGUCGAUAUGACAACGCAUAUCCAAACCUCAUUCAUACCGACCUUCGGCUAGGCGAUCCGGCGACCCGGAAUUUCCAGUUCAAGUCAUGUUCUGGAGCAGUUAUAUCCGAUGUGAUUAGCGACCAGAUUCCCCAAAUCAGUGGGAAUCAGCAAGUCAUUCUACUUUCAGCUGGUGGAAAUGACGCUCAACUCACAAGCAUUCUCAAUCAAUGUGUCUUCCAAUGGGCAGUCCUCAAUGCCAAUCAAGUGAAAACCGCAAAGGCAGCAAGCCAGUUGGAUCCAAAGUUUGCCUGGGCAUCUUCCGUCGACUGGGACUCCCUUGGUGUUGGCUGCGCCGGGCAGCUGGCUCAAACCCAAGCAAUCAUUGAGGGAAGCGAGUUUUCAAAGAGUCUUGACUCUGUCAUCUCUGCGGCUAAGUCAAAAUUAGCAUCCGAUGGCAUGAUUUACUAUACGGGCUAUGCCAAAUUUUUCGCAGAGGAUCUCUCGUCUGAUUGUGAUCAAGUCAGCUGGUCAACCUGGAUUUACAAACUUUACAACAUGUUUCAGCCCGAGGCAAAACUGACAACGCUGAACCGAAGAGCGAUGAACGCUCUUGUGGAUUCUGUCAACUCGAAGAUCUCGGAUGCGGUUAAACGAGCCGGAAAUCAGGUGCAGUUUGUGGACUACGACUCUUACGUGGGCUACUUCAACGGCCGCUUCUGCGAGGCAGGAGUUGAUGAAUCCACGAAGGAAAGCAACACAAGAACUGGUCUCAUGUUCUACGAGCUCAACACCUUGGAUCCCUUUGGAAGCAACCCUUGGAAGCGCAGUGAAGAAGAUAUUCCAGAGGGCACAUUUGGGGGCACAGUGAACCAAUAUGCCCUCAUCACACAGCUAGUGGACCCAGAUGCGAAACUUUCUGAGGAGUCUCUAGUCGAUAGCCAAAACUCUGCCGUUACUUUCUCGAGGCGUGCGUCAAUCCAAGCCUCGGUACAACCCAGAACCAUCCCGAAUCUUCUUCCAGACGGAUACGGACGUGUUUUCCAUCCUCAGCCAUUGCUUCAUCAGCUUAUCGCCUCGCUGGUCAUCUAUCAUAUGACCAAUCAGAAUGAAAUCAGUCAUGGAUAUCCGGAGAUUCCGCAGAGUUUGGGAUUCGACUCUUGUCCUUAUUACCCUUCAGAUGGCUCUAACUCCUCAGCAAGCGGACAGCAAGUCGCGGUAGCGUCUUACAUCAACCCGCUGGCCGACCCUUCGGCUUGGGAUCGCCUGGUUGGAUACUCUUCGAGCAAAAUGCCCAUCCUGGUUGCUAAUGUAAUGAACGGUCCGGAUUCUGUCGUGGAUGACCACUGGACCGAUGUCAUUCAACGAGCUGCGGGCUCGGGUAAGACUGUUCUUGGAUAUGUGCGGACCGGCUAUCUUGGCGUGAGCCAACAGAAAUUCGUUACACGGCUGGGUUCCGGCGAUUUGGCAGACUGGACUGCGCAGAUCGAAGAAGAUGUUGACAUGUGGUAUUCGCUGUACGGUGAUAAGAUCGGCGGUAUCUUCUUCGACGAAGGUUGGCCUGAAUGUGGUGCCAAUAACGAAUACGUCGACCUCUACAAGUACAUCAACGCCUACACCAAGCGAGCCCACCCUGGUGCUCUCACCGUUCUGAAUCCUGGAUCACCUAUGGCAUCUUGCUUCGAGGACACCAUGGAUACUUUGCUGACAUUCGAGUUGGAUUACACGUCGUACAAAAACUCCUACACCCCCAACGACUGGCCAGCAAAAGACCCCAGGAAGCUCUGGCACAUUGUCUACAAUGUCCCCGAAUCGGCGAUUUCCGAAGUCAUCAAAUUAUCGCAAGAACGCGGUGCCGGAUUCAUCCAGCUCACUGAUGAUCUUUUGCCAAACCCUUACGACAAUUUGCCUAGUGAUUCCUAUGUGCAGAGCAUGCUGAAUGCGGUGGACGGCGGUUCUCCCAUGAACGCCCCUGCAGCUGACUGGGGCUCAGGAGGGACAAUUGGAGCAACCGGUGGCCUGUCAGUUGCCAAAUCCGAUUACAGUUCAGCCAAGCUAUCUUGGAAUGCAGCCUCCAAUGCUCUGGGGUAUCAUGUCUAUGCUGGAGAUAGCCUUGUCGCGAGUGUUCCAGGCUCGAUGACCAGUGUCACAAUCGGAGGUCUCCAGCCGGGGUCGAGCACUGAAUUCCAUAUUCGCGCCGUCGGUGGAAACGGCGACAUGGGAUUCUCUACCAGCCGAGUGACGGCUCGUACUUCGUCUUUGCCAGACGGUAAGACGGUCGCCAACUACCACUCCGUGCCCAAAAUGGGCUCCACCAAAAUUCAAGCGGAUAUCCUGGUCCCGUUUGCAUUCAUCCGUCUCUACAUUUGGGACUCGGUGGGGUGUGAUUUUGAUACAGACCCAGGAUGGAGUGUCAACUUCAAAGUGGACGAGUAUGUUUGCACCAAGUACAUGGUUGAGGGCACCACGCUGUACAAGUACAGUGGCGUCCUUCCCAAAGGGUCGACUGCACCGCCCUGGUCUUGGUCAGUGGUGGGAGAUGUCUCUCUCGACAUUUCUGGCUAUACUUACACUUGGAAUUUGCCCAUCGGAACUCAGACUAUCGACACAAGCAAGUUUGUCGUUCAAGCUCAGGGCUACAAUCCACUCAUCAACGCCUAUCAGCCGUCUCCUGAUGAUUACGACUGCAAGGGCUCGUCGAUGUGCUCCACUCCUGACUUCCUGAAAUGGUGUGACCACGCCGUCAACUACCUGCAACGAGACGACUACAAGAGAUAUGCCACCGAUGGACUAAGCCUAACUGGAAAUUGCUGGGGUGACAACGUUCGAGGCUGUGCCGUCUUUAUCCAAGGUGCCAAUUGCAGCAUCAGUGGCAACGACCUGUGGAACGACUACCAGAACAUUCGAAACGUUGGUGGAUGCAAAAAAUGUGGAUCAUUCCACCGAGGCGAUGGCUGUCUGAUCACAAUCAAUUAUGUCUCUGACUGUGACAACCAUGGCUAA